CAUGCGUCUAGACAACUCAAGCGCCCAUCGAGUCUCCAUCCCGGGAGAUUUUGCAAUAAUGCAUCAAAUAGUAUACCGGAGAAAGAACAGCAUUACUACUGCGGUUUCUCCUCUACAAGCUUCCACAUCUUCUUCACCGUUUCUCUCAUUCUUCCCAUCCCGUUCCAAUUCCCAAGCUCGCAACUUGUUAUAUUUUCUCCCAGCUCGCGCAGGCUUCGCUGAGCGGUUUCUCUUUGACUCCUACCAAGCUCUGCUGUGCACCGCCCCAGCCCUGUGCUGCCCUGCAUUUACGUUGCGGGCCUGACUAUCCAAGAACCUGGCCGAUUCGUCGACCUCAAAGCGCCAAUUGCCACCAGACUUGUUUUACUCUUUGGCAGGCCAUACAGUCACAGCACUGAACCAGCGUCCUUCGGACGAAUACGGUGAUCUCUGGUCUCGACCACUGCCUUCUACCAAUAGAUCAAAUCACAUCUCCCCAAGCGCUCUGGUCAGCCCACCUACCUAGGAGGUUACCUAUUACUCGACCUGCUUUCCCUCAGCCAUCUGCUCCCUCUUCAUCAUUGUCUAUACAAAUGAUACCGAGCUGGUCCUCGACAAGAUAACAAAAGACGAGAUACAGCGAUUUACGAGGCAGUCGACGUGGUAUAUAUUGAAAUAGGAUUUGACCGUCUCACGUCAGCAUCCGCCCCUGCUGCGCCAGUCAGUCCGGUUCUUCUGGGGAAUCCCUGCCAUACCACACACUGCAACGAGCAGAGUCUUAUCAAUAGCCAUGUCACCAUCCCACUUCGAACCAGUGUCACCUAUCGAUAUCACCGCCAACUCCAAACCUACUCGCACGGCGGGCCCUGCCAUUGAGGAUUUCGACGAAAAAUCAGAAAUCAAGGCGACAACUCGAUCUCUCCGAACAAAUUCAACGGCUUCUUCUACCAGAUCGGUCGGGAACCAGGUUCGGAAAACUCGCUUCGCCGAAGCAACGUCGGUCUUUUCGCCGGCAUCCGGACCUGGUGAACAUCAAUCUCCUUUUGCGGACCCGAGAAUGGACGGUCCCAAACCUUCAGAUGUAGGCUUCGGCUAUAUCGCAGACAGUCAACCAGUCGAGCAAUUUGUCACUGUCAGAGGAGACCUCAAUGGAGCAGCUGGUGCGCCUCUCAAAUCCGCCCUCAAGACACCGGGCACAUCAAACAGGCUCUUGAACCCUCUGAGCCCGACCUUCCGGGAAGAGCAGAUGCUAGAGAAGGAAGAAGAAAAGACUGAAGUACAGCAAGCCAAAGAUCUGAAAGUCAAGACCCGCGUUCGAAUGGCCAAAAUGGUCCUACGAGGCGUCAACUUCUCCUGCUCACUCAUCGUCCUCGCUAUGCUGAGUACUGUCCUGACCAUCUUCCACGCCACUAAAGCUAUACCGCCCCGCAACAACCUGACGGCAUGGGCGCCCAAGCAACAGACUUGGCCGCAGAUAGUCGUUCUCAGUAUCGCCUGUGUCUCGCUCCUCUUCUCGAUCAUCGUCAUCUUUGCAUACUGCCGCGGCGGCCACCGUCGAGCCGAGAAAGUCGCCGUCUACUACACUAUGUUCGCUGUCGGCUGGUUCUUGUUUAGCAUUGUCAUGUGGGUGGUUGGAGCCGGCAUCUUGCACGGCAGCAAGUCCAAUGGCGGCGGAACCGAUCUCUGGGGCUGGAGCUGCAAGGACAACAAACGACGCCAGCUAUUCGAGGACGACGUACACUACGCGCUCGUCUGCCGUCUCCAGGAUUGGUCUCUAAUCUGUUGCAUCAUUGAGGUCGUUGUCGAGGUCAUUGUCAUCAUGAUUUACGGGAUCGUCUUCUACCGCUUCUGGUCGAAGAACAGGCUCAGGAAAUCGAUGGACGCCAGGGACCGUGCCCGUACCGAUCUGUACCUUGCUCAGCUGCGCACGCAGUCGGCACCGAACACGCCGGGCUUUGCGAGCAUCCAGACACCGCGCACGCCCGGAUUCCCUUCGCACAUGGCUCAAUCUGUCCACUCGCCACGGAGUGCGGACGGACGUACGGGCUCCCCGAUGCAGUUUGCAUCUGUGUCGCCGCAGUCGAAUACCACGACUUCGCCGUUCAGAUUGCAGGCACCACCAAUCAAGGUACACAGCGCGACGCCGAAAAUGUCGUCGGCAGAAGGGUUCCAGAGACAAGGUCUGACGUCUUCGCCACCCCCGCAACCGCCCAUGUCCCCGCCCCCAGAGGACAGGUUGCACGACCAUGUUGGUGCGGCGCCGGGUGAGCAGACGUACGAUGCUGUGCCGAUCCCCGGGGCGUACGUGCCUCCUACCCAGCAGCAUCGAGCGCAAAGUCCACCGGGCCAGGCUUACUGAGCCUGUCUACGUACAAUGCACUCGUCCAAGGAUGAGGAGCAGGCGCACAGGGGGUUCUGAUUGAGGAAUGUCACAGGCGUAACGAGUGGUGAUGUGGAUGAUAUGUGCAGGGGUUAUCCAUCCAGGCAACCGGUAUGCCUCGAAACCCGGACUCAAUUUUCCUAUGCUUCUUUAUCUAUACUCUACUAAGUUAGCCCUAGCUGUAAGCCAUACGUAGCAUGGUUCUGAAAUUAAUUCUGCAUCAAACCAAUCUACAACAUGGAGCUGGGAUGCAUGGAGGAAGGAUUGAGGGUCAGUUAGGACGGCUGCAAAUUACUAUUCAUACAAUAUAUUCGAAAAAUUUGUAACCGUUUGGGGGAAUGGCCUCGAUCUUCACAUGAGGCCCCCAUACGGAUCAUCCUUUCUUUCCCACGGAUUUGGUGUGUACAUCUGCCGCCUUUGUACGCGACCACCCCUGCCGCACACGCACGUCUUAACAUCUGACGAAUGUAAAACUUUUGGCAUGGCGAGCGACUGGCGCGCCGAGG